GGGGAAUUAGCUAGAGGCCACAUUCGCUGCCGCUAAAUUACCAGCGACGCCAUGGAUAGGCUGGGCUCACGGUGCCCUCUGCCAGGCUACCCUCGGGCCUCUGUCCUUAUAUGCCUCCUGAUCCUGGCAGCCUCUUUCCUGACAUACCCCAUGCUCAGGACCCUUAGCCUGCAGCUCCAUUCCGCUGUCACUGGCAGUUUUGUCUCCGGCACUUACUCCAUCGUCUUUGUCAACUGUCCCAACGAGCAAAUUGCCAGAGAUAUUGCCAGGGCUAUACUGGACAAGAAGCUGGCUGCCUCUGUGAACAUCCUGCCCAAGGCAUCCUCACUCUACUUUUGGAAUGGACAAAUAGAAGAAGCCACUGAGAUCCUGUUGUUAACAAAGACAAAGACUUCCAAGGUCCACAUUUUGUCCAGUUUUGUCAGGCUGAUGCACCCUUUUGAAAUCCCAGAAAUCUUCAGUCUUCCCAUGGACCAAGGAGAUGUGCACUAUUUCAAGUGGCUGGAGGAGGGCAUGGAGGAGGACUGAGCGCGGGAAGCUCUCUGUGGAACCUGCUGGCUGCCUGCGGCCUUCAUGCUGCACUCCGGGGGAGGGAGGCCUCUUUCCGCCUCCCAGCAUCUCUGGAUUCCAUGUUUUUGCCAGCACAGAAGAGCUACGUAACUCGUGGGUGCUGGAGGUCUGAGGCUUCUGAGGCUGGAGGAGGAGGCCAGGCCAUCAGGCCAAGCAAAAACCCAGUGGAACUUGUCUCUGAGUGCUUCACCCUUAGAGGUGUCUGGGGCUGGGAGGGCAAGGGUGGUUGUGUGUAGGGGACAAAGGGUGGCGGCGAGGGUGAGGUGUGUCAUCCUCAGCGGUCACUGGGCCCACCUUCAGUCUGUGGGGUAGAAUUACCCUCCUGGUUCUCAGGAGGAAUAGAGCUGAUGACCUGUUUAUCUAGAAGGAUCUGGGAUGAAUGUCACCUCCUAGAGGAACUGGCAAGCACUUUCUUUAUUCAGAAGGAUGGAUUG